GCUUGGGAAAAUGACAGGGCUUGGAUCUUCAUGUGGAGCAUGCAAAUUCUUGAGGAGAAAAUGCACUAAUGAAUGUGUUUUUGCACCUUAUUUUUGUUAUGAUGAGGCUGCAAAUCACUUCGCCGCGGUGCAUAAAGUGUUUGGUGCUAGCAAUGUUUCGAAGCUGUUAUUACACUUACCGAUACAUAACCGAAGUGACGCGGCCAUCACUAUAGCUUACGAAGCACUGGCUCGAAUCCGAGACCCGAUUUACGGUUGCGUUGCUCAUAUCUUUGCCCUUCAACAACAGGUUGCUGGCCUACAAGAAGAGAUUGAAACUCUCAUUAACCAAAUGGCAAAUCAUGCUGUUGAGGUUCCCAUUGAAGCGGUACAAUUUGGUUCCAUUGAUGAAACCAUGAACACACUCUACUACCAAGAUGAACAAGCUACCUUGCUCAACCUACAAGGAUCUAUAACUGGUAAUCAAGUUGUUCAUAGUCAAUUGUGUGAAGAAGAUUCAGCUCAACAUUCAUUCAAAUGGGUGGAAGACUCAAAAUUUCUCUCUAAUAUCCACGAAGACCCUUAUGAAAUAAGCUUCGAAGGACUCGAAUUCGGAGACCUUAUAGACUAUCCAUGCAUGGGAAACACUGGGAUUCCUUCAAAUUGGGAAAUCCCAAUUCUCUGAAUUC